AAAAAUCCCGACAAAAAAUCCCAUCAUCAUCAUCAUCUCGUGGUCAACCGACCCUAUUCCAUUUAGCUGACCACACGUUCAGUCAAAGUCAAAGUCCAACUCCACUAAACCACCCCAUCGAUAUAUUUACCACCCACCCCCUCCCCCCCAAAAAAGCAGUACGAUGUCCGCCCCCGUGAGGAUCGCACAAACCCACAAACUCCUCGGCAUGGCGGAAACAUUGAGUAAAACGACGCACUUCAACACCGAAGAGUGUCGCUUGCUCGUCUUAUUCCACCAAAAACUCGUCUCCUGCAACGGACCCUUGGAUCGUCUCAGGUUUCGGGACGUGCUCCACGUCACCUUCGACAUCACGGACGACAUCAUGCUCGACCUUUGCUACAAAGCUUUUGACCGAGAUAAUGACGGCGUGGUUGACGAUGCUGAAUGGACGAGAGGCUUGUCGGCCAUGAUUCGUGGGAGUUUGGAGGAGCUGGUUGAAUUUGUGUAUUUUGUGUACGACAUGAACGGCGAUCGCUCCUUGGCCAGGGAAGAGUUGUACCAUUGUCUCAGGGGAUGCAUGCACCCGGGCUACGGUAUCGACGCGGACGAGUUGGAAGAGUGCGAGAGAGAAAUUGUGGAAAUCGCGAUGAAAAAGUUGGACGUGGAUCGAGACGGUCAAAUAACCUUCCCAGACUUUCAGAAUGCCGUGAUUACUGAUCCCCUCCUCCUUCAGGCGUGCGGACCGUGUCUUCCAUCUCCUAAAUCUACGGCCUCCUUCCUAGCCCUGAUCACGCUCAAGUACCGGUCCUACACGGGGGUCUGGGCCGUCCAGUGGAACCAAGCCGUUGAAGGGCACCACUCCAAGAGGAAGAGUCACGUGGCGCGGGCGCGGUCGCACUCCUUCAUUCGCUCCAGCAUCUCCACCGCGUCCACGCUCGCCAGCCUCGCGCAGAGCAAGAUGGCCAUGAAGGGCGGCGGAGGAGCGUCAUCACCGCUGACCAUUAAGGAUGCCGCCGCCGCGAAACCAUGAUUUUUAAUACUUUUUUCGCGAAUUUUUUUGUAAAAAAUGGACACAAAUCCGAGUAACCUUUGUGUAAAAGUUAUGUUAUUUUAUGUACUCGUGUGUAU